CACCCCAAGAAUAACUAACACCCUCUUAAUUCCACAGCGAGAGAGUAAUAACACAGGGGAUAAAUCGGGUCCUGGUUCAGUGUUGCUGGAACGUUGUAGCAGACGUGAGGCAAGACGUGAAGACACACACCGCUGUAUAACCAUGGACAAAGAAAUAGUGAAAAGAUUGGUAUACUCCAUGGUGCAGUUUCUCCAGUCACAGCUGGAAAGUGGUGCCAAUGGUGGGGGGCUGUCAGAAGAGGGGAUAGAGAGUGUAGAGGUUGCCGUUCAGUGCCUUGAAACAGCUUAUGGGGUAUCUUUAGCACAGAAUGAAUUAGCUGUGCCUAAAAGUCUCUAUCAAAUUUUUUCCGAGUCUGUAAGAGGAGAAACGGAGACAUUUACGAGCAGCAGAACACCCCAGACAGAGUCAGCACCGAGGGAAGCCACAGGGGAAGAAAAGGCUGAGGCUGAACAACUCAAAAGAGGAAACCAACUUAUGCGGGAUGAAAAGUACACUGAAGCUCUUGAUUGUUACACAAAAGCAAUAAGCAAGGACUGUAGAAAUGCAGUAUAUUAUUGCAACAGAGCAGCAGCACACAGCAAGUUGAAUAAUCACAGGGAAGCCAUUGACGACUGCAAGCGAGCACUUGAGAUUGAGCCACAGUACAGUAAAGCAUAUGGAAGAAUGGGCUUGGCAUUCUCAAGUCUAAAUGAUCACCGGAAAGCAAAGGAGUGCUACCAAAAGGCCUUAGAGCUUGAACCAGAUAAUGAAAGUUACAGAGGAAAUCUGUCUAUUGCUGAAGAGAAGCUUCGUGCAGAACCACAAGCUCCACCAAACCCAUUUGCAGGACUUGGUGGUCUAGGCAGUUUAGCAGGCUUGGGUGGUCCAGGUGGGCCUGACUUGAGUAACUUGCUCAACAAUCCAGCCCUCAUGAACAUGGCGACACAACUGAUGUCAGACCCAAAUAUGCAGAACAUGAUGAGCAGUUUUAUGGGUGGUAUGGGAGGUGGCAUGGGGCCAGGUAUGGGACCAGGUAUGGGACCAGGUAUGGGACCAGGUAUGGGAGGGGGCAUGCCAGGAGGUGCGCCAGGAGCUGCUCCACCUGGUCCUGGAGCUGGAGGCAUGGAAGCCCUUCUUAAUGCGGGGAGGCAGUUGGCAGAACAGAUGCAGAGUCAAAACCCAGAGUUAGUUGAGCAGAUCCGUCGACAAAUGAAUCGCAAUGCAGGAGGAGGAGGAGAUGAUCAGCCUGGAGGCAAUAACCAAAAUCCUCCUCAAAGUUAAUUUUUCUUUCUUCCUUUCUGUCUAUUUUUGGUACAUGGAACCUUUUUGUUGUUUUGUUUUUGUCUAGUUUUUUCUCACUUUUUUCCUAUUGGUGUGUUUCUUUGUUUUGUUGUUGCUAUUCAGAAAUUACAAAGGAAGAACAUAUUCACAAUGAAACAUGCUUUAGUAAACUAGUAGAGGGACCUCACAUGCUGGUUUAAAAACAAAUUUCCAUGGCAGGGAUUCAGAUCUUUAAGAUGGAGAUAUGCAUUUUUAUCAUUAUUGUUAUUGAUAUUCAUUACUUUUCAGGGUGAAUAGAAUGUACAUUUAGAAAUGUUGUGGGUUAUACAAUUUCCUAUAAACCUUAAAAGUGUUCGAAAUUGUGACAAUUGUUUGAUACUGUGGUAUUAUUUGGCUGCAUCUGUGAUAGUCCACUUGUCAGUGCAAGUAUAUGAAACACUGACAAUCAGACUGUUGCAGUCAGUGUCAUUUUCAUCCUACUUUACUGCAUUAUGCCAUUAUGAACAUGUAUAUUUAAAAGGAAUUGUUGACUAAGUUAAAAAUAAUCUUACUAAAGCAGGAGGUGGGGGGUUUACUGGGAUUUUUUUUCCCAGUGUCUUUGAUUAAAUGGUUAAAGUAUUAUGCUACAUUACUAGGAAGACAAUAAUAAUAUUGAUUUUUACCCAGUAUUCGGAAGUUUAAUAUAAUAUGAAUUUUCAGUUAUAUUUUGUUUGCAAAAUAAGGAAAUGCCACAUUGAAGAUUUCUUUGUAAUGAUGAUUAUAUCUAUUUUUACAUAGAUAUUUACUUACACAGUUUAUAAAAACAUUUUGCAUGUGGAAAACUCAUUGGAGGUUUGGAUGACAUUCAGUCUUUCAUAGUUUACCUCAAUUGAUAAAAUAAUGAUUGUAAUAAAUUAUAAUUCAGUGAUGUAGAUGUUUUUUCUGGUCUUAUUAUCAUAGGUUGCAGAUUAAUGCUUUUGUAUUGUUCCAUGUUAUCAAGACAAUGUUUGCAGAGACCAAAAUUAUGUAUUAUUAAAUAAAAUAGCUUUUCAUCUUUGAGAAAAAGACUAAUGAUUUAAAAUCAGUGUAAUCAGAAUUUCCUGGUGUUUAUUCCAUUCUUAUCCUUUAUAUGGCACUGUCUAUUUGUAUUUCUUAAACCAGAAUAUGAUUACGUAGCAUUUAACUUUUUUCAGACUACAUUAGGUGAAACAUGUAAAUUUAUGUUUCAUGUAAAUUUGAGAUGUUCAAGCUGCCUUAGGCUUUGUAAACUUAGAAAUUUUAGGGUGCUCAUAUUUGCCUGUUACACCAUUGUAUGUUAGUACUUGUGUCAUCUUUUAAAUCUCCUCAUUUUUUAUUGUUUUUAUUUCACCUUUUUCAGAUUUAUAUAUAUGGUAUUUUGAAAACUUUAUUAAUUAUUGAACUUGAUUAAUGGUUGCAGAGUGAAGUCUGCUGGUAAGUGGAAAAGUUGAAGAUUACAUUUAUCUUAUUAGAAAAGGCUUAAUGGCAUAGAUGGAACUAUUUCUUACUAAAGGAAAAUGUUUGUUGAUCUGAAAUAAAAUGCAGUAGAAA